UUCUGCAAGUCGGUUUCUAGAAAGGUUCACGAAACCUAUAUAAAUACUUGACUUAAACUUGAACUUAUGAUGGGUCACUCAUGGAAAUAUUACAUAAACAUAACAUAAAACGUUUUGAUUAUUUAAAUAUUUUUUUUAAAUUAUGCUAGAAUCACGCAUUAAUGCUGGUAGUAACUUAUUAAAUAAAUAAUUAUACAGAGAUCUCGAAUUUCCAAUUUAGAUCAGCUGCGGAAAGCUAAAGUCAUGGAUUGCUUACAGUCUCCCUAUGCUCUUGUAGAUAUUCCCCUAUUUACUAUUUACCUAGCCUAUUCCUUGCUUUCUGUACAAGGAAUUUUAUUCACAGAAUUUGUGUUGUAUUCUGAAUUUAACAUUUCGUCUACUGUUAACGACACAAAAAUAAUAAACGAGAUACAGAUGCUAACGGCGGACUGGACAACUAUAUUCCUUGUUUGUCAGGCGCUACCGGCCAUCUUCGCAACAUUGUACUUCUUAACACGGAGUGAUCGUGUUGGAAGAAAAAUAACUAUUGUAUUAUCAACUUCUGGAUAUCUAGUGACGGCCAUCAAUUAUCUGUUCGUUUACGUAUACACAUUGCCAAUAGAAUAUCUACUGAUUGGAAACCUAGCAAUAGGUUUUACUGGAACUACAUUCCUAUUUAGGUCCGGAGCAUCUUCGUAUGUUAGUGAUUUGCUAUCAAAUGAUCGCCUAACAUUUAGAAUGUCUGUUCUUCUCGGUGUCACUCUCCUAAGUGUGGGAUGUGGACAGAUAGUUUUCUCUACUUGGAUCGAAGCUACAGGUUUUUUGCAACCCUUCGUUUUCACAAUAUCAGCGUUGACUUUUACGAUCUUUUACAUCAUCUUUUUAAUGCAAGAAUCUCUUGAUAAAUCAAAUCUUCAACAGAAUGUUUUGUUCAAAGAUAUCCUAUCAGACAUGGUUAAUGUUGUCGUAAGUAACAAGAAUAACCGUCGCAAGAUCGUACAUUUGCUGUUACUUUCUCGAGUUUCGUAUUCGACGCUAAUAAAUGGAAUUUUUCAUGCUUUGCAACUCUACUGUAUUGGCCCACCGCUCUAUAUGUCAACUAACAGCACCGGAUACUUCACAGCCGGUUACUCUGUCUCAAAUGCGUUCGGUAAAGUAAAUUUUUUUUUCUACACUUAAUCAAUUCUCAUUAUUUUGACUAUGUUGCUUUAUAUUGUUAUUGUAAUCUUUGUAUUCAUACGUACAGGGUAGUGUCAUAUAGCACGUCCGCCCUAGUGCAUGUUAGAAUAGGA